GUUCCGUAGGCGUUGUUCAUACGCUGUGACAACAGCGUCUACAAUCCAAAGCAAAGGGCCCUUUCUCUUCUGAUAGUUUGAGGGAAAAGAGCCACCAAAAAUGACAACAGCCGCGAGACCGACGUUUGAGCCAGCGAGAGGAGGGAGAGGGAAGGGAGAGGGCGAUCUCAGUGCGUUGUCCAAACAGUACUCAAGCCGAGAUCUGCCUGGUCACACUAAGAUCAAGUACAGGCAGCUUACCCAGGAUGCCCCCGAGGAGGUGCGUGCCCGGGACUUCCGCAGGGAGCUGGAGGAGAGGGAGCGUGUUGCUGUCCGGGAGAAGACUAGAGAGAGGGGACCAAGAGAACACACCACAUCCUCAUCUUCAUCCUCUAAGAGGCCCAGACUAGAUCAAAUCCCUGCUGCCAACCUGGAUGCAGAUGACCCUCUCACUGACGAUGAGGAGGAGGAUGAUGACUCUGAGGAGGACAGUGAUGACGAUGACACUGCGGCUCUGCUGGCUGAAUUGGAGAAAAUCAAGAAGGAGCGGGCUGAGGAGCAGGAACGCAAGGAACGGGAGCAGAAAGCAGAGGAGGAGAGGAUCCGCAUGGAGAACAUCCUUAGUGGGAAUCCUCUGCUCAACCUAGCUGGACAGCAGCAGCAGCAGCAACAACAGAUAGUCCCCACCCCGAGUGCCUUCAGCGUCAAGAGAAGGUGGGACGAUGACGUCGUGUUCAAGAACUGUGCAAAGGGAGUGGAUGAGGCACGCCGGGAGAAACGCUUUGUCAAUGACACUCUGCGCUCGGAGUUCCACAAGAAAUUCAUGGAGAAAUAUGUGAAGUAGGACUUGCAGCUCUGCUAUGAAGGUGUUCCAUUUCUCUCUGCUCUGUUCCCAGUUCUAAGAGGACAAGGAGGACGUGAUAGAGAUUGGUCUGAAAACAUUGAAUGAGCCUGAAGAAUGGUAUCAUCCGUUGACAUGGAACACGCACAAAAUCCUCUGUAUAUAAAGUAACCUAAUGCCUGACCUGCAAACAAAUUUCAACUAGUUUGGUUUCGUGUACAAUCAAUUUCCACCCCUGAAAGGAAUGGUUGUAAUAGUGACAUCAUCAAUGUCAACUUGUUGUUAUUUAACUUUUACCUUUUUUAAGCUCCAAUGUCAAUAAACCAACAAAAAAGAAAA